UUGAAAGUGAUCAACCUACUUUGAUUUUACUGAAAAUGGAUUCUGAAGUCGAGACAAGUGCAAACGAAACCAAAAGCGAACAACCGGAAGUUGCUAUGGACGAUGCAGGUGAAAGAGUCCUGGAUAGGGCCGAAGGUAGUGUUGUUGAAAAUGGCCAGAAAACAACUACAACAACAACAGUCGUUGUAAUCAAAAACGAGAACGCUAAACCAGAUGAAGAACUUGAAGCAGAUCCCCAAACCGAAACAGAAAGCGACACAACAACUACAACAGUUGGUGUAACCAAAAAGGAGAACGAAUCUGAUGACAAGGAAAGCGCUUCGGCAACUGCAACAACAACAAUUGUUGUUGCCAAAAAUGAGCCGGAUCCAGCUGCUGCAUCUGAUAAGGAAAUCAAGACGUCAGCUACAACAACAACAGUUGUCGUCUCACCCAAAAAAGAAGAGGAUAUCGAAACAGAGAAACAAAUAACCGUAUCAAAUCCCAAUGCGGAUGCCCCAAGCAGCGCCAAAGAGACAGCGAAUGAAGCUGCUGCCAAAGACGACUGUGAAUUCAAGGAAAGAUCUGUAUUUGUCGAAGAAGCAGAAGAAGAAGAGGGAGAAGGAGAUACUGAAGAAGAACAAGAAGAAAGUGACGAUGAUGAAGAUGAUGAUGAUGGUGAAGACUUGAAAAUCGCGACCAAGACAGAAGAAAUUAAAGAUGAAGAAGGUCAAUCCAAUAUUCCGGAAAAAUCGGAAGUGGCUGCUGAAUCAACAAUAAGUCAGGACGAGAAUGCCGUUAAAUCAAAUAAGGACAUUAAUAAUCAAAUCGAAAACAUAAUAUCUGAUAUUGACAUUAACAUUAAAGCUCAGGAAAAAAUAGCACAACUUAAGGAACAGGAACUUCAACUAAUACAAAAACAAAAAGAGUUGGCCAAUCAGAUUCAGCAGCAACAAUUGUUAGCCCAAAAAUUGAUUGCGGAAAAUCAACUGAAGGAACAGGAACUGCAACGGCAAAAGUAUGUGCAACAACAGCCACAGCCACAUCCUCAAAGUCCCCGUCAAUACACCGAGGAGAUAGAGCCCACAAUCAAGCAGGAUCGAUGCAGUACAAACAUGUUCCAACGCCAAGAAGAUUCAAAUAAAUUUCAGGAAUCGUGCAACAUAUCGAGGACAGUUGAUUUGCGAAAAAUAUUUACUCCAGCGACAGAUGCGCCACAAAUAUUGCCCAAGAACCGAAAACUAUAUGCCUCAUCAGCGUUUUAUUCGCCUACACUGCAUCCCACUGUGGAGGACCAAGUUGAGCUUGCUCGCCGAAUUUCGCAUUCAUUGAGCGAUAUAAGCAAUCAAACUUCUAAGGGUCAAACAAUGUAUGUGAAUCGAAAGAAACGCUCAGUUAAAUGGGUUCACGAAGGUUGUGGUCAAGGAGAAGAUGAAGAUAUCAUCGAAACGCGCUCUUUAAGCAAAGAAAAUGCGGAAGAUAAUUCGCUGCAGCCGGAACUAAUCAAGCUGGAUAAAAUGCCAUUAAAACUAGUCAUGAAUCCACGUGGACAAAUGCGUGACUAUAAUUCAUUAAAAGAAUCGAUCAACAUUGAAUCGGGCCUUUUAUCGCCCGACAAUUGUGCUGAGCUAAUCACUGCGUUGCAACUGCAUAAAGGUCGAGGAGCUGAGCUCUUUGCGAAACGUCGGAGAAAGGCUGACAAUUGGGUAGUCGAUGAGACAAAUGCCGGAAUUCACAGUCCAUCUGGUAUUCCAGAUUAUCAACAAUAUCAGGUCAAUAGACCGGCUGCUGCAUCACCAAGCAUCGUGCCAGCGUAUUCCGAUGCUGGCAAGCACCGUGUCCAAUUAAAUCUGCAUCAGGAUCAACUAAUUGAGAAAUACUCAAGGCCUGGCGUUCAGGUGGUCAAAUCCCCGUGGGAGGCGGCUUUACAAACCGGUUCGGCAAGCACCGCAUUUUUGGAUCAAUCCCAAUACAGAAGCCCGACACCCAUUGCCACCCAGCCAUCACCUGUGCAUUUCACUCAAGACUUUACCGAUUCACCUUUGCCGGCCUCAUAUGUCAACCAAUCGAACUAUACUCAGGAUUCGUAUAAAAGUUCGCUUGAUUCUCGAGCCAAGAGUCAGCCGAUUCAGUCCUCCAAUCCACAAAGAGAACUGGCAUAUAAGCCAAGUGUUGCUCAAGGCUGGGGAGGUCGCAAUGUCGAACUACCAAGAGGCUUGUAUGUACCUAAGGAAAUAUCUUUGGCCAGCUAUGCACCUCCGCCUGUCCUGCCAACACAUAACUUCCAGAGCUCACCAAAGCCAAUCGACUAUUCCUCAAAGGCAUAUGAACCACCACCAUAUAAUAGCUUCCCCGUAGCGAAUCAAAAAUCUGGUCUUUAUAAUUCAGUGCCACCCAAACAGCAGCUAUAUAAUCCAACUAGUUAUCAAAAGGUGCUAUCCGGCUCGCAGCAGUCUGGAACACAGGUCACCUUUAGUCCGUCCCCUUUGUCUUUCGAUAAGCUAUCGAAGUUUCAGGAAUCAUCGGAUCAGAGAAAUCAACGGCUUCUCAAUGUUAACAAACAGCCAGUCUAUAGAGGUGUGCAAAAUGUGUCUCCAACUCCUUUCCUGUCUGCUGGUACUGAUGGCCGUGAGGGUCGAUCGCCGAUUUCAUCGCCUACUUAUGGAUCGCAUACGUCGCAUAAUGCUGGAUCUCAACAAAUGAUGCAUGGUGGCAAUCAAAGCUUUAACAACUGCGCUCGGGGCUGGAACAAAGGAUCAAACAAUAUCCAGCAGAGUGCCUACUAUCCAAAAACAGUGCCAGUUGCUGCAACAGAAAGUCUGCCAUAUUCUGACUUCUGAAUAUAUCGAUCUAAUUAAAUUUUGAUUUCCGAUUUCGAUUUACGACAUGCUCAACUGAUUGUUAGCGCAUAUAUAC